AUGUGUUCAGAGACGUCUCAUCAUGAGGCCAUCAACGCGAGUGGUGGCGGUCGAAAUGCACCCGCGCACGCUGUAGGAGGCAUGGUGGCGGCUGCGGCUACAGAAGGGCACGCAGCAUCGACGUCAGAUGAGGCUCACAAGAUUGCAGCUCGAUACGACCUCGUCCACCCCUACUACUACGACAUCCUUAGGCAAACGUCCGGCCGCUCAGACGCUGCAGCCGACCUCGUCGCCCACGUCAUCCUCAUCAUCUAUGACCCGCCGCACGCGUCGCUUUGCCCGUCAACUCCUGGACCUCGUCUCCUGCCCUUCAUGCUCGCAGCCGUACCGCAAUCCAGUCACCCUCCCUUGCGGCCACUCGACGUGUCUUCCAUGCAUCACUCGCAGCAUCAACGAAGCGAAAUCACGCCACGCAGCAUCCUCGUCCAGGUCUACGAGCCACGUCCCGCCACGCCUGCCCCUAUGCAGCAUGACGGGCUGGGCUCCUGGGCAGGGUACACCGCCUCAUUUGGCCCGCCAUCGCCCACCGAUGACGACCACAACCACGAGCACGACGCCACCGCCGACUCCAACUCGUCCAAUGGUGGCGACGGCGGCGAGAAUGAUGCCGGCGUGCUGCCAAUCGAUGGCUUCGUCGUAGGCGCAGAGAAUCAGAGCCUCCGUCUUGGCGUCAUCCCACCACAACGUCGCAGUAAAGCCAACAUCUUUGCGUUGGGUACAGACGGGCAGAGCAUCGAUCAUCUGUCUCUUCGCACCGACGUCACGCUGGCGAAAGCGGUAGCUGUGCUCGAGAAGUUUACACAAGAGCCACCAGGCAUGCGAUCUGCUGCGGUAGGCUCGUCGCAACGAGCUCGCCGACCCCUCCGUGGCUACGCAUCAGCUCGUCGCAUGCACCACGGCGCUGCCUCUUCACCCUCCUCCUCCUCAUCUUCACCCUCGUCCUCGUCCAGCAUGCUCUCCCGCGUAGCCCGUCGCGCCAGACCCAAUCCAGCGAGCGCUCUAGCUCGAGGGUCCAACUUUGCCCAGUCCCUCGUAGAGAGGGAACGACACCACUCCCCCGGUCCUCGACCCGGGGCUACGCGCAUCGCACCCCAGUUCCGUGCCUUGUUGGGCGGAUCUGAGGCGGGCCGUGAAUCUGGUACCAUCUCCGGCAUUCGCGCCACAGACACGGACGAUGAGGACGACGAGGAGAACUCUUUCGCCGCCUCUCAGUCCCGCCGUCCCUACGGCCUCGCCGCCCGGGAUCGCUCCUCCAGCAUCAUGUCAUACGAGCAAGAAGCGGACGACCGUGUUGAGCGUGACGGCGGCGAAGUCGCAGACGAGGAGGGACACAUGGAAGACGAGACGGAGGAUAUGAUGGACGAGGACGAACAAGACGAAGAUGAAGACGACUUUGGUGGCGCUUUUGCCCGUCCUCGUCAACCGCGCGGCUAUGGCGAAGAGGAGGAACGUCGUCGUCGACUCGCCCUUCAAAGCAAGUACUGGGGCGCCAUGGCUCCUGCGUAUGAUCGCAAAUGGGAGGAGAGCGGGUGGGACACCGAUGGGAGUGGGGCCGCCACACCGCUGCACAGGGACGUCCAAGACGAGGAGGAGGAGGAAGAAGAGUCCGCUCAAACUCAAGGUCCCGAGGGCUCCUCUCCUUCGAGCACCGCCCUCACGACCAAGUCGCUCAACCCCGAGCAACUCCUCUCGGAACUCACCGAUUCGCUCGAGUGCCAAUUGUGCUACCUCCUCUACUACGAGCCCAUCACCACGCCCUGCGGCCACACCUUCUGUCGCACAUGCUUCGGUCGCUCCCUCGAUCACUCGAGCAAGUGUCCACUCUGUCGCGCUCAGAUGCCCAGCUUCGCCUUCUUCCAGGAUCACCCCCUCAAUCAGGCCUUGAUGAGGCUUCUCACCAGUCAAUUGGGCGCGCCGCACGCCUCUACCGACAAGAGCGAGACGACGACCGGCGCCACGGUGCAAGAUGAAGAAGAGGGGCAGCACGAUCACACGUCCUCCUCGGGCCUGUCUCGCGAGGACCUCGAUUCCCUCUCCCGCAUGGGCGUCUUUGCCGACUCGCAAGACGCGCACAGCAGUAAAGUCACCUCUGCUGCUGCCGCCACCGCCGAUGAGCAAGACGAAGGCGCCUUCUUCGGUCUUCGCCACCUCUACACGCAACGCGUCGAGUCCGUUGCUGCCGAACAGCGCGAGUCGUCGACCUGGACGCCCAUCUUCGUCUGCACGCUGGCCUUCCCUGGCAUGCCCACGAAUCUGCACAUCUUUGAGCCUCGUUACCGACUCAUGGUCAGGCGAUGCUUGCAGUCACCUGGGCCCGCGCGCUUCGGUAUGGUCUUGCCCAAUAGGACGGCUGAUCCCUCCGUCCCGCAGUAUGGGACCAUGUUGGAGAUUCAGAGUUGCCAGAUGUUGCUGGAUGGGAGAAGCAUGCUCGAGACGGUUGGGUGGCGCCGCUUUAGGCUGCUGGAGACGGGCAGUCUUGAUGGGUACACGACGGGGCGUGUCGAGUACCUGGACGACGUGAGCCCGGAGGAGGUCGAAGCCGAGGAGCGCGAGGUUGUUGCUCACAACGAGCGUGUGGAACAAUUGCGCCGUUUCGAGGAGCAGAGGAGGAGUGAUCCGGGGAUGCCCGAGUUGCUCACCCCUACCAUCGCCCGCGAUCCUACGGCAAUGACGCAGGGUGAUUCAGCGGAUCCUUCGGUGAUCCUGCCGCCCUUCGACAACAACCAGAACUCCCGCACCAGCCCUGCACCUGCGGAUCUUACGCCCAUGGCUACGACUCCUCAGCUCGUCUCCACCUGCUCAUCCUUCAUCGAGCUGCUCCGCACCCAAACCGCUCCUGGGCUCUUCGAACGUAUCCUCGCAACGUACGGGCCCGUACCCCAGCCACUGGAGGUGGAUCGUCUCUCCUGGUGGCUGGGUAUGGUAUUACCCAUCGAUGAGCACGCCAAGUCUCAGCUCAUGCCCGUGCGCUCCCCGCGCAAGAGGCUAGAGAUGAUCGUAGAGUGGAUCGAGAAGAUUCAGGAGAGUUGGGGGAUUAGGGCGUGA